CAGUAAGAGUUGAAAGGUUACCAACGUCAGGCAAAGCUAGCAGCUGAAGAAGCUUGUCCUAAAUAGUGCAAAAAUGUCAGAUUCAGAAGAAGAAACGGAGAUUACUAUUCCAUGUGUGCUCAUCACAAGCUGUGACAGCAGCUUUAAAGAAGUGGAGCUGAUAAAACAGAUCAUUACUCCGGAUACUUUGCCAGAGCCGAUCAAGCAAGAAGAAUCAGUAGCCUGGUAUCCAUGGAUCAUCAACAACAAAUAUUAUACAGCGGAUGUCAGGCUAUGUGUUGUGCCAAGCCCCUUUCAAAUGUCAUCGGAGAUUGCACAGUCCAUGCAGGCUUUCAUCGCUUAUUUCGACAGUACAGUGAAGGAUGGUCUAGAAAAACUACAUACUUGGAUAUCAGUGGUGGAAGAUCUUACUCCAGAGGUGCUCAUCCUGGUGUGUGACAGAGUCUGUGAAACAGGGGUCACCAGACAUGAAGCGCAGCAGUGGUGUUUGGCUCAUGCCUUUGAGCUGGUGGAGCUCAAUCCUCAGGAGUUGCCAGAUGAGGACGAUGACUUUCCAGAAUCCACUGGAGUAAAGAGAAUUGUUCAGGCUCUCAAUGCCAAUGUGUGGUCCAGUGUGGAGAUGAAGGAUGGGCACAACCAGGGCUUUGGUCUGAUGAGUAGUUUGGUGGCUGCCAGACACAACAACCCACGCAGCUGUCAAGAACCACAGCAGUCUUCCAGCUUGCCAGUAGAGGGCUCAGUUGUUAGUGAAGAACCCAACCAGACAGAAAGUACUUCCAACACAGAAACGCAGGUGGAAACAGUAGUUGAUUCAAUGACUGAUUUGGACAUCCAGGAACUUGCCAAUCUAACAGCUGGAGAUGUAGAUAUGGAUAACUUUGAACGUCUCUUUUCCAAAUUAAAAGAGAUGAAAGACAAAGCUUCCUCAUUACCCCAUGAGCAGAGGAAGGUGCAUGCAGAGAAGGUAGCAAAAGCGUUUUGGACGGCCAUCGGUGGUGAUGAUGAUGAUGAUGAUGAUGAUGACAUAGACGGGUUAUCAUCGGGAGAGGAAAGCUAAAAGCAGCAUCCUGUGUCUCUUUUCUCCUGGUCCCCCUCCUUUCAUGGGGCUCCAACAAGAUCCGGCACCCUUUGACUUGCUUCUUGUACCAGGAAGGUGGAUAUGCUUACAGACUAUACAGAAGGCAUUGUCAUGUUUAGAAACGUGUGAUUCUUAAAAAGAAAUGAUUGCAAUACUGGUGUGUAAUGAAAAGCAGUUGAAUAUUUUGAUAAGGGAAAGAAGUUAUCCAAGCCCUGGGUCCAUCGCUAUACUAUGCUAUAAGGUCAGAAUGGGCAUCAGCACAUGUUGGUGUCAGUGGGAAAAUUAUUUAAAAAAUAAUGAUGUGGUCUUUGAUUUGAUGUGUAUGUUCCUUGGGUACUGUUGUCACAUAUAUUUGCAAGUGACAUAAUGUGCCUUAUCCCUAGAGUUGUAAGACAUUUAAUGCACAUUCUGUUGAAUCAACAUAAACAUUUGAUUUUAAUUUUGUU